UUGGAACCCGGUACCAUGGACUCCGUGCGCUCGGGACCCAUUGGACAAAUUUUCCGACCGGAUAACUUCGUGUUCGGACAGUCGGGAGCCGGCAACAAUUGGGCCAAGGGUUUCUAUACCGAGGGCGCCGAGCUGGUCGAUUCAGUGCUCGACGUGGUGAGAAAAGAAGCCGAGAGUUGCGAUUGCCUGCAGGGUUUCCAGCUCACACACUCGCUGGGAGGUGGCACGGGUUCUGGAAUGGGCACCCUUCUGAUCUCGAAGAUCAGAGAAGAGUAUCCGGAUAGGAUCAUGAGCACCUUUUCCGUGGUACCAUCUCCUAAGGUCUCCGACACCGUUGUAGAACCCUACAACGCCACCCUUUCAGUCCAUCAAUUGGUGGAAAACACGAACCAAGCAUAUUGCAUCGACAACGAAGCGCUCUACGAUAUUUGCUUCCGUACGUUGAAAUUGACUACCCCUACCUAUGGCGACCUCAAUCAUUUGGUCUCCGCUACCAUGUCCGGCGUGACAACUUGUCUAAGAUUUCCUGGUCAACUGAAUGCCGACUUGCGGAAGCUCGCGGUGAACAUGGUGCCGUUCCCGCGUCUGCAUUUCUUCAUGUCCGGCUUCGCGCCUCUCACAUCCCGAGGAAGUCAACAGUAUCGUGCUCUCACCGUGCCAGAACUCAUCCAGCAAAUGUUCGACGCGAAGAACAUGAUGGCCGCGUGCGAUCCCAGGCACGGCAGGUACCUCACGGUAGCCGCCAUCUUCCGCGGCAGGAUGUCGAUGAAGGAGGUCGACGAGCAGAUGCUCAACAUCCAGAACAAGAACAGCUCGUACUUCGUCGAGUGGAUCCCGAAUAAUGUAAAGACCGCCGUCUGCGAUAUUCCGCCGCGCGGCCUCAAGAUGUCCGCUACCUUCAUCGGCAAUUCCACAGCUAUUCAAGAGUUGUUCAAGAGGAUCUCCGAGCAGUUCACCGCUAUGUACAGAAGGAAAGCCUUCUUUCACUGGUACACCAGUGAGGGUAUGGACGAGGUGGAAUUUGAAGAGACAGAAGCAAAUAUAAACGACCUAGUGUCGGAGUACCAACAGUACCAGGAUGCGACAGUGGAAGACGACGAGGAAGUGGACGAAGAGGAAAUGGAGAAGUAGGAGAUUGCGGAAGAGAAGAAGAUCGCGCGCAUUUACUAUUCUUCUUUUAGACGAUUAUACCUUUUACUCUUGUUUUUAUAUUGUCAUUUUACAUGCAUUUUCUAUGUUGUCCGUGUACACGCAAUUUUCGAGGAAGUUUUGAUCGUUUGUAUUGCGCUUUCGUUUGAAGUUUGUAAUAGACGAUAUUACAACAGACAAAUGGGCAACUAAAUUGGUCUUGCGCUUUAAUGUCGGCGGUCGUAAACUAACUAGCUGUUCCGAGCACGUUGUUGCUUGAGCGUACACGAAUUGCACGCGAUCGCUCCACGCCGUGCUAACAGCAUCAUUCGCGUCAGUUAAUGGCACAGCAGCCGUUGUUAUAAAUAUACGCGCCUCUUAAAUAAGACGAGUAAUCGCAGGCGUUUAGACGCGGCUCUCGCUAUCGAACUCGCUAUCGUCCUUCUGGCCAACUGGCAUUGAUGAAGUCAAGGCCUCGACGAAAAUUGGCGAUCGCGCAUCAUCUCAUCGGUGCCCCGAGGGCAAACGUUUUAUUGUCGCGUGCAAUAACGAAGAACGCAUGUUAUUGCGCGAGGUACGGCGAGUUGCACAAGCGACAAUGCCUAGUGACCUGGUGCGUUCGCGCGUGCCGAUUCUAUUUAAUGCUGCCGGCGUACAGGAAAUCAUCGUGGCGAUGCCCAAUUUUAAUCAUGAUAAAAAAUAUAAUUUGAUGUGAUUGUGGAGACGAUUUGGUGGAGGAAAGAUGAAACAUCGUGUGAACAGCAUGUUGUAAUUGAUGAAGAAGGAAUUUUACGUGUGGCAAUUUGACAGAUUCGUGAAAGACAAUUGAAAAGUUUUUAAAUACAAUUAAAGACGAACAUAAAUUGAAUACGGUAGGUUGCUACGAGGGACAAAAUCCUAAUCUUCAUUUGCAACGUAUUAACCUGUACUUCAGGGAAUUAGAAACCCAACCAAACAGAGUCAGAUACGUACCCAGGGCAAUUGUGGUUGAUUUCGAUCCCAUCGACCUAGACAUCACUUUAAGCCACUGUUUCCAACAAUUCAUCGACGAAAAGAAUGUGGUGUGUGAAGAGAAAAGUGCCUACAAUAAUUGGGCAACGGGUUAUUAUCGCGCAAAACAUAAUAAGGUCAUAGAUAAAAUCUUGAAUAUUGUGCGAAAAGAAGCCGAAACCUGCGAGUCUAUGCAAGGUAUACAAAUCGUGCACAGCUUGGGUGGCGGAACUGGAGGAGGUUUAAGCAGUUUGCUCGCUAAGCACAUGAGCGGAGAAUAUUCCAACAAGAUCCUACAAUCUUACAGUGUGUUACCGGC